AUGAGGCAGAAUCACCUCGGUCGAAUCCCUCCUGAAAUUCCGGGGAGGAGAGAUAAGAGGAACUCAAACCUCUAUUGCGCCUACCACCGGGAUGUUGGGCACGAGACUGAGGACUGCAACGAUCUGAAGCGGGAGAUCGAGAACUUGAUCUGGCAGGGGUACCUGAAACAAUUCGUUAGCAAGGAUGGAAGCUUCAACCGUAGCGUCUCCCACCGGGAGAGCCGGGGCCCCGGCCGAGAAGACAGGCGGGACACGAACAUGCAUUGCCGAGGUCCCGAGGACCGUAAGGAGGACAAGCGGCCUCCACGCGACGGAUCACCGGGCUACGGCCCCAACAUUGCCGGAGUGAUCAACACAAUCGCGGGAGGACCAACGGGAGGAGGCAGUCAGAACUCCCGGAAGCGGACCUACCGCCAGGCCGGGAUGGAGGUGGUCGAGCUGAGCUCUCGAUUGUCCGAGGUCAUCACCUAUGGUCCUACUGACCCAGUUCCUACCGCCUCCAGCAAUCACGAAUCUCUCGUGAUCGAGGUCCUCACCAACAACUACAUAGUCAAAAAGGUUUAUGUUGACCCCGGAAGCUCGGUAGACGUCUUGUACUAUCGAACUUUCGAAAGUUUGAAACUGACCAGGGAGCAACUCACUCCGGUCAGGACUCCCCUCGUCGGAUUCGGGGGACACGUAGUCCACUCUGAGGGUAUGGUGUCCCUGAUGGUGACUGUCGGACGUCAUCCCCGCUACCGAACUGUACCCGUCAACUUCGCGGUGGUCAAGGCAGAUUCUCCCUACAAUAUGUUAAUAGGUCGACCCACGCUCAACGCCUUGAGGGCUGUGUACUCUACCUACCACCUGAGUUUCAAAUUCCCGACACCAGCGGGGAUGGCCGAGGUGAGCAGCGAGAUGAGUACUGCCCGCGAAUGCUACCUCGCCACCAUCCAGGCCGCAGUCACUCCCCAGACUGCGUCAAAGGCCGAAGAGAAGAGGCCAGCUGUUCUCUCCAUAGACUGCAUCGAUCCACAAAAGACGGGAAAGCAGGCUGGAACCCGGGGAUGA